UUGCAUCAGGUUGCUCCCCAAUUUGGACCGGUCAAUGUCAACAACCCAUACGCAAUCUUACGGAAUGGGACUUUGAGAAAAGUUUUUGAAGCAAAGCGGAUCGGACCUGAUCCAUUGCCUAUCUACACCCCUCCGCCAAGGACAUUUCCACCGCAUGAGCCAGGAAAGGUGAAAGAGAAAUUUGGUGGUCCGGACUUUGCACGAGAAAACCAACGGGUAACGAGACCGCCAGUACGUAUAACAAGACCGCCCGCCACCAGAAGGACCCUUGCCACAACUGCUGCUACUAAUCAAGUAAAACAAGUGAAACCUCCAAUGAUUCCGAAUCAAAAUGACCUCCAAGCUGAAUCCGAUGCAGAGAACGAUGACGAUCCACCUGAUGAUGACCGUGCUGUUGAAGAAAUUCUACAGUCGAAUGGUGAGUAG